AUGAUCCAGAUGGUUCGAGGAAAGCACCAGCUGUUAUACGGCCUCCGGGAUGGAACAGCUGAUCCCCAGGUGUUGCGUGACCCACCGCCUCAUCAAGCUAACUACCCACCUUGCCCUCCAAUGGCUUAUGUCGAUAGUGUUGAAUGGGAAUGCUUCGUCGACAGCCACUAUGCUCCUCCGGCGUCCUACGAAACACUAUUGGACCAAUCGCAGGCGCAGUUUCCCGUGACGCAACAAGACUCCUUAGGCCAGCUUCCGCAUCCCUCGUUCAGCGGUCACACAUGCCUACGCAGUCUAACCGGAAGCGAAAACGGGAGAGUCCCGACCGUUCGCGAACCUGUAACCGAUGACGCAGACGGGGAGCACGUCGUUUUCCAGCCGCGAUUACUGUCAGAUGAGAGUAACGGUUCGUGUCCUCAUCCCAACGCGAUCUGUGUUGGAAGCGAAGAAUCGGAAAUAAGGAGCCAUCUUGGAACCAUCUGUCACGGUGGAUCCUCCAGCUGCCCUUUCCCUGAGCCUGGAGGAGGUCAACAAGCAGGCACGUGGAGUCCCCCGGGCGCUGGCGCUGAUCCCAUGCACCAGCGUUCGUCUAACGGAAGACCCGAGAGAAGGAGAAGGUCGAGGAAGCACUCACAUUCCUAUGAGGAAAGUAAACAAAGCUCUAAGGACGACGUGACUCUCGCUUCCCCAUGCAUUCUCAACCUUGAGGACGGGCCGGACUUCAAGCCGCGGUAUGCCUCCUUCAGGCCCGUGAGCGCUUCGGGCGAUCUGGACGGCGCCUCUGUUGCUAGGCACUUUCCCGCGCCGCUGAGGAGGGGGGGAGGGGGUGCUUCGGCCAGUUCUUCUCUCAGGGACGAGGGUCCUGGCGAAGGGUGGCCAGGGGGGGUCUUCGAGGGAAAGAACCAUCGUCAGGAGCUCUACUUGUCACCGGAUAUCUCCGCGUCGCAAAACCCGAGUAAUACCGCCUACGACCACAACCACCACGCCGAGACCUACUGCACGACUUCCCAGCCCGCCUACCACCACGACGCCACCCCCUACCCCCCGUCCUUCCCUCUAACCCCCGACCACCACAUCAGGGGCAUCUUUCCCGACGACCACGCCGACCACCUCAACUCCUCGACUUCCUACGACCACGACAGCUUCCGUGCCUUCCCCGCCGUAAACCAAACGCCCCCGCCGCAGCAGCCAUGGGAACGCCACGAGCCAAACCAAGGAACGAGUCAUGAGAGCGGCGCGCAUGAUGAACCAGUGCAUGGAAGCAACCCAGCCAGAUUCUCACCCCAACUCAGCGUGACCCGCGCCGAGAAUUCGUACCAGUCAGGCCCAAGUAGUGUCUUGAGGGUGAGCUUACUCGAGGGGGAGUUCGCCCUUGACCCCGCGGAGUGGAGGGUCGCGCACAAGUUCAAGGGCUUUCUCGGAAGGAAGAGAACUUUGACCUCUGAUGACUCUAUCUUGGUUGACUCAAGGUUAAGGCGAUACUAG